GCCGUUGGCGAAGGCCGAGCGGCUUCCCGCGCGUCUCCCAGCCCGCCCCUCCGCUCGCCGCAGCCCCGGCUCCUCCCUCAUCCAGCCCACGGGGCGGGGUCUGUCGGCUCGCCCUCCCCUCGCCGCCUAAGCCUUCCCUCCGCUAACUGGGUCCCCUCCCCACAGCAACACGGCUUCUCUUCCUCAGCCCGGCGUCAGGGGCUUCCCCUCGGCCGCCGCCACCGCCGCCACCGCCGCCGCCGGCCGAGCCCAGCCGCGCCCGCGUCCCGCGGCCGCCAUGCAGUUUAUGUUGCUUUUUAGUCGUCAGGGAAAGCUUCGACUGCAGAAAUGGUAUGUCCCACUAUCAGACAAAGAGAAGAAAAAGAUUACAAGAGAACUUGUUCAAACCGUUUUAGCACGGAAGCCUAAAAUGUGCAGCUUUCUUGAGUGGCGAGAUCUGAAGAUUGUUUACAAAAGAUACGCUAGUCUGUAUUUUUGCUGUGCUAUCGAGGAUCAGGACAAUGAGCUAAUUACCCUGGAAAUAAUUCAUCGUUAUGUGGAAUUACUUGACAAGUAUUUUGGCAGUGUGUGUGAACUUGAUAUCAUCUUUAAUUUUGAGAAGGCUUAUUUUAUUUUGGAUGAGUUUCUUUUGGGAGGGGAAGUUCAGGAAACAUCCAAGAAAAAUGUCCUUAAAGCAAUUGAGCAGGCUGAUCUACUGCAGGAGGAUGCAAAAGAAGCUGAAACCCCACGUAGUGUCCUUGAAGAAAUUGGACUGACAUAACUCUCCUCCCUUGUCGAUGACUUCUUGUGGCAUUUCACACACUGUAGAUGGUCACUGCCUUCAUGUCCAUGUUAGCUAAUGGUAUAAGAUGACGUCUUGUCAGUAUUACUGUUUUGCUAAGCUGCUUCAUUCAGGCCUACACAAAAUUUUUUUUUAAAGGGAACUUUGGUUAAUCAAAUGAUAAGGGACUUAAAUACGAAUUAGAAUGAUGCAGAAAAAGAAAGGUACCAUUUCUGGAUAUUUUAAAGUUUACAGAUCUGUUUCUCUCAAUCUAAUCAUGUAUCUUAUUAGAAUGACACAAUCAGGCAAUAUACGUUCAUUAAUUACCAUCUUUGGCAAAGGAAACUUAAAAUAUGAAACCUGGUUUUAUGAAACCAAAGACUAGUGUGUAGCAUUUCAGCAUAUACGAGAAUAAAGGGAAUUGAUACUAACAUACCAAAUGAAUUAAAAUUUAACUGUUUAUGUUGACUUAAAAAAAAAACAAAUUUAUGCCAUUAUUUAUUCCUUAUUGGAAACUACAUACUUAAAGGGAAUACAUAAAUGACUAAAUUGAAAUGAUGUGCUUUACACUAAAAAUUAUUUCUCCAGCUUUCCAAGCUGGGGUCAAGGAACAGAGAUCGACUGUUUAAUAGUGAGCACGUUACUUUUAAGGCCAAGGAACAUUCAACUCCUGAGACAGAUUUUUUUUGUGGUCAUAACCAUUUAGUGACUUGAAUGGUUUUUGAUGCCCCCAAAUAAAAAUGGAAACAUUGACUUACCGAAUUCUUCACAACAGUAUCUUACAGAAAAAUGUGUUCUUCUCUUCACAAAAUGUUGCUUAAGUCAUUGUUUAAAGCACGAAUGCUCCUUCUGGGGUGCUUGUUAACGGCCAAGUUUAUUUUGCUUCCCUCCACUUAACAAGCGCUGCACACUUUAGGGCAGCUUCCUUCCCUUCCGUGGCAAUGCCUAGUUAUCAGAAAUCUUAACAAAAGCAGACAGACACCACGUUUCAUGUAAAACAGAGUUGAAUGAGGUAAAAUGACAUUAGUGGGCCCUGUAUUUUUUUAAAGCUAUACAGUUGUUCCAGUGUCACUUUUAUACAUACUUCUGUGUAUGUAAACAUGUCUUCAUGGUUUACACUUUCAUUUGUAUCUGCUGGGCUGGAUUAAGCUUUGUUGUGAUUGUGACCAAUACAUAUUCAGGCCGUGUUAGCACUGUCUUUAUCACAUCACCAAUUAGUUGUAAUAAAUGUUCAACGUACACCACUGUAGUGUGUUUUUAUCUUUCUCUUUGCAAAACUUUGUCAAACUAUGGGGAGCUGCUGAAAGAAUUUUAAAUUUUUCUCAGUAAAAUGUCGAAAAUUCACCUCCAAUUGCAGGUGGAUGCUAAAAGCACACACAAGACAAAUGAUGGAAGAUACAAGUUUUCAUGUACUUAAAGCUCACUAAAAAAUAAUGUGGCUUCCACGCUGAGAGCUUAUCUACACAUUUAUUUUCAAUCAAUAAAUGCCGCUUUUAAAACCUUGAUGCAGUUGACGUU